UACAUAAUUUGGGUUUCACAGAUACCGUAUCAAUACGAGCCGUGUUUUGAGAAGUCGGUGUCGAUAUGGAUUAGUUUGGUGUUUUUCAGGUGUUCUGAGGACGAUAAAUAGAUUCAACCAUGGCAACAUAUUCUGACAACACACCUGAGAAUCCAUCUCCUGUCGAUGCGACCAUUCAACAACAGAUGAAGGAAGGUCGCUACCAGUUCACAGACGAGGAAAAGCGGGCUUUGCGGGAAUGUAGAUUUGAGAGUUUUUGGUACCGUUCCUUUCCUAUUGCCACUGUGUCCGGACUGUCAACACACAUGCUUGUGCAGAGAGGAAUUCUGAACCCUAGCAAACGCUUUGGUUCCAUCCCAAAGGUGGUGUUUGCCACUAUGUGUGGCUACAUCUUUGGCAAGAUGCUCUAUGUUCAGAAGUGCCGUGAGAAGUUCCUGAAGCUUGAAAACUCUCCCUUUGCGGAGAUGAUGAGGAGGGGCAGAGGGGGCAUGCCACCUGCCGAGUUUGGCGGGAUGAGUAUACCUGGGUAUGGAACUGGAAGCAACCCACCUGUAGAGGAAGAACUUUCUGUCGAUGAUAACUUCCGACCAGACACACCUUGGAGUGGAGGACACGACCAGAGAUUGAACAUGGAUAUAGAUACCAGUCAAGUCAAGGGAAUAGACAACACCUUCGAUUCUGACCUCGCCAAGCGUCGCGAGGACGAGAGGGCAGCCUCAAAGCGGGAAUUCACAGGAACCUACGACGAGCUCCGGAAGCACCACCGAGCGAAGAAUGCACAGCAGUACACCCAAGUUCUUCCAGGUCAUUACCAGCCGAGGUCCCCACCUGAUGUUACUCCCCAUCAAGAUCAACCAAGGCCAAAGUUGCCUGCCCAGGAUGAAUUCAGUCUUGGUGCUCGAAACAGGAGUAAAAUGCUAAAUAAAUAUGGAGAUUCAUGGGAGAAAGAAUGAUUAUGUAUCCCUGCUGGUGGAAUAGAAGCUUAGAUGUAUCUAUAAAAAAAAGAUAAUAAAAAAAAUCACAUUACAAUGAGAAUGAUAUGAUUGUCUUUCUUUGCCUUGUCAUAAUGAUUAUUUUGGGGGGUUGGUUGGGAAAGGAUGUCAUUUGAAAAAUUAUCUUGUCAUUAAAAUCUGAGGUCUUGUCUCUCUUCAAGUCUUGUGACCAUGCGAUAUAGAACUUCUUUGAUCCAGUUAAAAUCUCUUCAACAAAUAUGACAUAAGCUUUCAAAUUUGUAUCUUUUAUCAAACUAGUAACAGUAAACUCCUUCCAUUUCAUCUAUCAGUUCAUCAUUAUCUUGGAUGUAUUGCUGUUGAUUUAUGAAAAUUGCAACCACUGGUUUUGAUAUGCAAUUGUUGGCAAAAUCACUUUGCUUCCCGUUUUUUAACAACUCCUUCUGCAUACAUAUCAAGAGCUUAGAUAAUAUUUUGUUUUUUAAAUGAAAUAUUGCAUUUGUUUCCCAUAUGAGAGUCAAAUUGGCCUUUUCCCCUACUUGUAUUCAUAACUUGGGCUUCAUUUUGUAUGAUUUAUAAAAUAAAUAUGUGAUGCAUGAUAUUUCUUUGAAGUGACAAAAUUGAGUUCAGAUUCUAUGAUUGAUUGAAUAAGAAUCACAUUGAAAAAGGGAAAGUUAAAGUAAGUAUAACAAAAUUUGAUGACUUAUGACUGCAGUGUGUAUUUGAAAGGAGUAAAUGAUGAUUUGUGGCUAACCAGGUAGCAUACACAAGUGUAGUAUUCAGAAGCGAGGGGCCACAUCCUCCCCUCGAAAACUGGCCAAUAUAUAGAUAAAAAGGGCACUUUCAUUGGGUCCCCACGUCUUACCCUAUCUCGCCUGCUUGCAUGCAACAGAUUCCAUCACAUCCUGACUUCCAUCAACACACUGCUGAGAUCCACAAAAUAAAGUCCAAGUGUUGCACAGUUCAAAGUUGCAAGUCA